AUGGACGAAGACAAAAUCGCACGCCCUGUCGAGAUCAACUCGGUGGGCGAACAACAUAUUGCCAUCCAGACCGAAACCUUUGCCAUUGACGAAGGAGCCUUGGGCAACAACCUGCCCAAGCACUACUAUCGCAGCGUCGGCUUCAUUGGCACUGUUAUCGCUCUCGCCUUGGGAAGUAUCAGCAACCUUCUGGGUUGGUCGCUGCCCUCAAACUCGUUGGCCAUCAUCAACGCGGAUAUCGGCCCUUCCAAGAACAUUACUUGGGUCGCUUUGGCAUACACCCUGGGCCUGUCCGUGGGCUUUCUCAUCAUCGGGCGGUUGUCUGAUAUCUUUGGCCGGAGAUGGUUCUUCAUUGGUGGCAACGCCUUUUCCCUGGUCGGCUCCAUCAUAGGAGCGACCGCCACCCGCGUCGACAGUCUGAUCGGUGCCAACAUUCUCAACGGACUUGGAGGAGCCGUGCAGAUAUCCUUCACCGUCGCCAUUUCCGAACUGGUCCCGAACAAGCACCGUCCGCUCUGGAUCUCGGGCAUCUUCUUGUCUCCCAUCGAGUUUGCGGGGUUUGGGCCCGUCAUUGCCCAGACGUUGGCGGAAAAAACGGCAGCCGGUUGGCGCUGGUCGUACUAUCUCAACAUCAUCGUGACGGGACUGGCUGUGAUUCUGUUCUUCUUCUGCUACCAUCCACCGAGCUUCCGCCAACUCCAUCUCGAUCGCUCCACAAGGCGACAGUUGGCACGGCAAGACUUUGUAGGACUUUUCCUCUUCACCGGCGGCUUGAUAAUCUUCCUGAUGGGACUGUCGUGGGGAGGGAUCCUCUAUCCCUGGAAAUCGGCCCACGUCAUUGCUUCGAUCGUCGUGGGCUUCGUCGUCUUGGUCGUCUUUGUCGUCUACGACGCCAAAUUCCACAAGGGGGAUGCGCUCCUCCCCAUGCGUCUGUUCAAGUAUAGAGGCUAUCUCGCCAUGGUUCUGACCGCCAUGGUCGGCAGCUGUGUCUACUAUUCGAUGACGGUCCUGUGGCCCCAGCAGAUCAGCUACCUGUUUGGUGGCUCACCGACUCAUCGAGGCUGGCUAGCCUGUGUGGUGGGCGCCUCGUUUUUCAUCGGACAGAUCAUCGGAGGUCCCAUGUGCAGAUGGAUCCCACAGUCUCGCUGGCUCAUGGUCGGGGCCACCUUGGUCCUGUUGGCCUUCUCGGCGGCCAUGAUCACCGUCGGGCCCGGUCAAGAGUCAAAGGGCAUUGGCAUUUUGUUCAUUGCCUGUCUGACGGUCGGAAUCGUCGAGACCUGCGCCCUUGCUCUGGCGCCCUUGCCCCUCCCAACCGAAGACAUUGGUGUCGCCCUGGGUGCUCUAGGGAGCAUCCGGUCCAGCGGCGCCAGCGUCGCCACGGCCAUCUACACGACAAUCCUGAGCAACAAGCUCUCCGACUUUACCGGGCCCAGAGUGACCCAGGCCGCCCUCGCAGCCGGUCUCCCGCAGGAUAGUCUAUCCGCACUGCUAACCUCCCUUGCGUCCGGCGACCUGAGCGGCGUCCCAGGAAUAAACCCGACCAUAACCGCAGCUGUCGCGGCUGCGACCGCCUCUGCCGCCGCCGACGCAUUCAAAUACGUUUGGUACGCCGUGGUGGCCUUUGCCUGUGUCGCGGUGAUCGCGGCGUGCUUUACCGUCAACUACGGCGACUUCAUGACCGACGAGGUGGCCCGCAAAAUGCACGGUCGCAUUGUCGGAGAGAAGGAAGAGGGUUUGCCUGAGAAAGACCAGGAGGCAUGA